AUGUUGUCUUCCUCGGUCUCUGGAACCCCGUUCAGCGUCCGCGACAUUCUCAGCGAGGAUCAGCAGCUCGGUAUCAUGGAUUGCUACCCUUCUGUUCAUCAUCAGCAUCAGCUUCAGCAGCAGCAUGUGCCUCAGGAAUAUUACGGCUACAAUAUCGUGCCUGAGAAUAAUUGGGACGUGGAGAAGUUCAAGGAACAGUCGAUGCCUGCUUAUCCUCAUUACCCUGACUUGGGUCACGUUCAUCAGUUGAACCAAAUCGCUCCGCCUUAUCAAGAUCCGCCUGUUACGGAAGAUGGUAACGUGGUUACUUCGAGCAAAACGGAGCUGCGGAAGAGCCAGUCUGGCAAGAGGACAAAGCGGAAGCCCAGGGUGCUAUUCUCACAAAAUCAAGUGUACGAGCUAGAACAGCGGUUCAAGCAACAGAGAUACCUAAAUGCCCCGGAAAGGGAGCUGCUCGCGCAAACCCUGAAGCUGACGAGCACCCAGGUGAAGAUCUGGUUCCAGAACCGGCGGUACAAGAACAAGCGCGCCAGGUUGGAGGACGCGGAGAAGCUUCAAGCUCAAAACAUGAAGAACCAAUCUCUGAAGAAGAUCCACGUGCCCGUUCUGAUCAAGGAUGGCAAGCCGAACCUUCAAGAAUCCUACAAUCCUACCUACUGGUCCAACAUCAGGCCAGACCUCGGUGUUCCGAUGCAGCCGGACUUCAGAAUGAACGAAAUUCGCCUGAGUCCCGAAUUCAGAGCGACGAACGGCGACAUGAGGAUGGACACGAGCAUCAGUCCGGAAUUCAAGCAGGAAAUGAGCCCAGAUCUAGGUGGAAAACCGAGUCUGAACGGAGACAUACAGGCCAGGCAGCACGUUCUGGCUACCACCCCGGAUUUUAGGAACAAUCUGGCGACGGAUCCCCGAGUUGGCGUGCACGAUUGUCACAGACAGAUCAAGGGAAACGUCAGUGGCAACGAGGUGGCGCCGUUUCCGGAUCUGAAGAACAUUGCCGCGGAGAACAAGGCUAUGGCCGACGGAAGAUCCGUGAUGGACGUCUCCAGCAGCGAGUACGGCUUCUCCAAUUACUUGGGCCCGGCUAAUUACCAGAUGCAGUACGUUAAUUACAUGGAACAGGUGCCCAUCGAUCAGAACCUCCAACGACUGUGGUAG